AUGCCUGUACCGUACCAGACCCGAUUCUUUAAGCGCCAGCACUACGAGGCCGCUACCUCACCUUCAGUGCAGCCCGAUGGUUUUAGCUCUCCGAGAACUCUAGGGGAUGAUGGCGGUGUGCGCCUCAGGGAUUCCGGGGACGAAGAGGAGGAGGAGGAGGAGGCGGAGGAGGAGGAGGAGGCGGAGGAGGAGGGGCAAGGGAUGGAGAGAGCCCAGGCCAGGAAGAAGAGAAAGAUUUCUUGUGAGGAAGCUCUGCGCGCGCUCAGGACUAUUGAGAUCUAUUUCGCCCAGGAGGGCCUCGACCCGCAGGAGGAGUUCUUUCCGGACUUCUUGCAGAUGCGCGGGGGCAUUGUUAGGGCGGGAGAGGAGCAGGCCGGCGGUGAGGGCGAGGAAGAGGAAGGGGAGGGGGAGGAGGAGGAAGAGGAAGAGAGUGAUGUCCCGAGCGAAAUUUCUUCCUCCUCUUCCUUGGGGAGUGCGUAUUCGGGUGGUGAUGAGGGUGAGGGAGAAGAUUAG